CGCCUCGCGGUGCAUUGUGGGAUGCAGUCUGCGUCCUCUCUGUUUAUUUUUUAGGUUAAAAUGUGAAAAAGCGUCAGAGAGACUGAGACCAACGUUAUUAACACGUUAUCAACACGUUAUUAACACGUUAUUAACACGUUAUUAACACGUCAUCAACACGUCAUCAGUGACGGAGCGAAACAUGGAGGCUGAAGGUGUGAGCAGUGCCACGCCCACAGAGGAGAUGAACGGGGCGGGAAACCUGAUGGACUUCCUGGACGAGCCGUUUCCUGACGUGGGCACGUACGAAGACUUCCACACCAUCGACUGGCUGAGGGAGAAGUCCAGAGACACAGACCGCCACCGCAAGAUCACCAGUAAGAGCAAAGAGUCCAUGUGGGAGCUGAUCAAGAGUCUGCUGGACGCCUGGUCAGGAUGGGUGGUGAUGCUGCUCAUCGGACUGCUCUCAGGGACGCUGGCCGGAGUGAUCGACCUGGCGGUGGACUGGAUGACCGAUCUGAAGGAAGGCGUGUGUCUGUCGGCCUUCUGGUACAGCCACGAGCAGUGCUGCUGGACGUCCAACGAGACGACCUUCGACGACCGAGACAAGUGUCCGCAGUGGCAGAAGUGGGCCGAGCUGAUGACCGGCCACGCUGAGGGAGCCGGAGCGUACGUGUUGAACUACUUCCUGUAUGUUCUGUGGGCUCUGCUGUUUUCCUUCCUGGCGGUGUCGCUGGUCCGAGUGUUCGCUCCGUACGCCUGCGGUUCAGGAAUCCCAGAGAUCAAGACCAUCCUUAGUGGCUUCAUCAUCCGCGGGUACCUGGGCAAAUGGACCCUGCUGAUCAAGACGGUCACCCUGGUUCUGGCGGUGUCUUCGGGUCUCAGCCUGGGGAAGGAGGGUCCUCUGGUCCACGUCGCCUGUUGCUGUGGAAACCUCUUCUGCAGCCUCUUCUCCAAGUACAGCAAGAACGAGGGCAAACGCAGAGAGGUGUUAUCAGCAGCAGCAGCAGCUGGCGUGUCGGUGGCCUUUGGAGCGCCCAUCGGAGGAGUUCUGUUCAGCCUGGAGGAGGUCAGUUACUACUUCCCUCUGAAGACUUUGUGGCGUUCUUUCUUCGCUGCCCUGGUCGCUGCCUUCACACUGCGCUCCAUUAACCCGUUUGGCAACAGCCGCCUGGUGCUGUUCUACGUGGAGUACCACACGCCGUGGUACAUGGCCGAGCUGGUCCCGUUUAUCCUGCUGGGUGUGUUCGGCGGGCUCUGGGGGACCCUCUUUAUCCGGGCCAACAUCGCCUGGUGCCGGCGGAGGAAGACCACACAGCUGGGGAAGUACCCGGUCCUGGAGGUCAUUGCUGUGACGGGUAUCACUGCUGUGCUGGCUUUCCCCAACCCAUACACCCGCCGCAGCACCAGCGAGCUCAUCUCUGAGCUCUUCAACGACUGCGGCGCGCUGGAGUCAUCACAGCUCUGCGACUACAUUAACAACCCCAACAUGAGUCGGCCGGUGGAUGACAUCCCAGACCGACCCGCGGGGCCCGGGGUCUACAAUGCCCUGUGGCAGCUUGCCCUCGCUCUCGUCUUCAAGAUCGUCAUCACCAUCUUCACCUUCGGCAUGAAGAUUCCAUCAGGUCUCUUCAUUCCCAGCAUGGCGGUCGGCGCCAUCGCAGGAAGGAUCGUCGGGAUCGCCGUGGAGCAGAUGGCGUACCACCACCACGACUGGAUCAUCUUUAAGAACUGGUGCCGGCCCGGUGCGGACUGUGUCACACCUGGGCUCUACGCCAUGGUGGGAGCCGCCGCCUGUUUGGGCGGGGUGACCAGGAUGACCGUCUCCCUGGUGGUCAUCAUGUUCGAGCUCACCGGCGGUCUGGAGUACAUCGUCCCGCUGAUGGCCGCCGCUGUCACCAGCAAGUGGGUGGCAGACGCCUUCGGGAAGGAGGGCAUCUACGAGUCGCACAUCCAGCUCAACGGCUACCCCUACCUGGACGUCCGGGACGAGUUCACCCACCGCACGCUGGCCACCGACGUGAUGCGGCCCCGCAGGAACGACCCGCCUCUGGCCGUCCUCACCCAGGACUCCACCACGGUGGAGGAUGUGGAGACGCUGAUCAAAGACACCGAUUAUAACGGCUUCCCGGUGGUCGUGUCGAGAGAGUCGGAGAGGCUCAUCGGCUUUGUUCAGCGUCGGGACCUCACGCUCGCCAUCAAGAACGCCCGUCAGAAGCAGGACGGCGUGGUGAGCAGCUCGGUGGUGUACUUCACCGAGGACGCACCACAACUGCCGGCCAGCAACCCGCAACCGCUGAAGCUGAGACGCAUCCUGAACCUCAGCCCCUUCACCGUCACCGACCACACGCCCAUGGAGACGGUGGUGGACAUCUUCCGCAAGCUGGGCCUCCGGCAGUGUCUCGUCACCCGGAGCGGGCGUCUCCUGGGCAUCAUCACCAAGAAGGAUGUCCUGCGACACAUGGCUCAAAUGAUGAACCAGGACCCAGAGUCCAUCAUGUUCAACUAGCAGAGAGGAGCUUUACUCCAUCGACGGUGUAAAUAGGUGAAACUGGUGAGAUGCUACUGUUCUGCAACCUGUGAAAAGUCCCUCCCACCUCCUGUAGUGACCACAGCAGCACUGCUGCAGCUCCACGUGUUUCCAGUGUAACUGACUUAGUGUAGAGAAUUUCAGAAGAUUAAAACACAGAGACACCAUCGGGAGAUAAAAACUUCUUUUUCCUAACGCUGUCACAUGUUAACCAUGCUGACAGUUUGGCACGGUUAACGUUCAGAGUGCCAAACUCUGCUUCUUCAGCUUCAGCAGUCAUUCCUUUAGAGCUCAAUAAAACAUGUAGAGCGCCGCGCUGCAGGAAACACUAAGAAUACAAAGCUGUGGUCAGGUGUAAGGAUGUGUGUGUGUGGACAUUCACAGGGUUGCUGUGCAGACUGGUCUGUCUGUUUAUUUAAUACUGACAGCUCUCGGCUCGGAACGUCAUGUCAGUCAAAAAAAGAUGUGUUUGAAAAUUGCAACAUGUUAAAGACUGAAGCAAAACAAUUCAAAGACUUUGAAACAAGUUUGACUUUUCCUGCAACGUUUGCUACGUCACGUCAGCCAGAAUGUGACAGCAGGAGAAAACUACGACAAACAAGAUUCAGACGCGAUUUACAGACACAAACCUCAAUGUACAGUGUAAGUCGAUUUCAAGCACAGCUUUUUGAAUGACAUGCUUUCCUGCAGCACUUCAUGCUGUGUUCAUGUCGACCUCAAACAAAAAAGAAAAUCUGUGAAAAGGAAACAUUUAGGAAUCUAAAAUGGUACUCGGCCAUCACUGACGAUGCUUCACAGGAAAUGGGACCACUUGUGAGAUUUAAAGGUGCAGUGUGUAAUUUGUGGCCACCUGCUGCUGCUGCAAAAAAAAAGAAAAAAGACUGCAUGCUAAUUUUACUAACCCUGGUCAAAUCUUGCACAUUGCUCCUUUAACGAGUGAAACUGUCUGGAACAAUGAUUUAUUUGAAGUUGGAGAGUUUGGGACUGCUGCACUUUGUGUUUUUGUUUUGUUGGUACGUGUUGCUGCCAUAUUUAUAUUAAUGCUGCCUGUAUUAAUGUUGAUUUAUGUAUCAGUGGCACCACUCGGCUCGUCUCUGGUCCUGAAGGCACAAACUGUCUCAAACACUAAAGGUUUGUUUAUGUAUCAGAAGACGUUGUUGGAUUUCUUGUGUUCAUUUAAUCGUGUCAAAAAGGUUCAAAGAGCCUCAAAAUGUGUUUGAUUCAUCUGUGUGAUUUAUGCAUCGAUCUGUAGUUCUGGAUCAGUAUCGUGCCGCUGCAGACCUCAUCAAGCAGAUCAGGAGUCGGCCAGAUGUGACCGGUCAAAUCUCUGACAUCAUGAAUGAAUCCGACAGUUUGCAGAUUUUAAAUCUGGAUUUUAAAGUUUCAUUUAGAGUAGACGUAGAAGCUCCUGUUACAUGAUCUGACAAUAUAACUGAUACUGUAUCUAAUAAUUCUUAUUAAGGACACAUUUGUCGUUCAUAAGUGAAGGAAAAUAACUGAGGAGGACUGAAGUGUCGUAAAUUUCCAUGCAGGUCUGGGAAAUCAUUUCCAGCACUUGAUC